UGAGCGCUCGUGCGCGCGACCGUCCAGACGGAAGCGGAAGUGCUGGUAGCUCGCGAGUAGGAAGUGGUGUUUCCUGGAGUAGAGAUGGCCGCGCUUGCUCCGCUGCCCCCGCUUCCCCCACAGUUUAAGAGUAUACAGCAUCAUCUGAGGACGGCUCAGGAGCAUGACAAGCGGGACCCUGUGGUGGCUUAUUACUGUCGUUUGUAUGCUAUGCAGACUGGAAUGAAGAUUGACAGUAAAACUCCUGAAUGUCGUAAAUUUUUAUCAAAGCUAAUGGAUCAGUUAGAAGCUACCAGCUCUCUUUUGUGUUACAGAAACAUGAUCAAGUCCUUCUAUACUGCAAGUCUUUUAAUAGAUGCCAUAACAGUAUUUGGAGAACUCACUGAUGAAAAUGUGAAACACAGGAAAUAUGCAAGGUGGAAAGCAACGUACAUCCACAAUUGUUUAAAGAAUGGGGAGACCCCUCAAGCAGGCCCCGUUGGAAUUGAAGAAGAUAAUGACGUUGAAGAAAAUGAAGAUGCCGGAGCAACCUCUCUGCCCACUCAGCCACCUCAGCCAUCAUCAUCUUCAACUUACGACCCAAGCAGCAUGCCAUCAGGCAACUAUACUGGAAUACAGAUUCCUCCAGGCGCCCAUGCUCCAGCUAAUACACCAGCAGAAGUGCCUCACAGCACGGGUGUAACAAGCAAUGCUAUCCAGCCUACUCCACAGACUAUUCCUGCCAUUGAUCCCACACUUUUCAGUACAGUUUGCCAGGGGGAUAUCCGUCUAACCCCCGAGGACUUUGCUAGAGCUCAGAAAUACUGCAAAUAUGCCGGCAGCGCUUUGCAGUACGAGGAUGUAAGCACUGCUGUACAGAAUCUGCAGAAGGCCCUCAAGUUACUGACGACAGGCAGAGAAUGAAGCCUGCAUACAGCAAGCAGUUCCAUGUAUUUUUGGUGUAAAAAACUAACAGUCCAUUUGCCUGUCAACAUCAGUUUUAAGGAAGACUUCAGUUCCAUUGAAUAUAACAGUGCAACCUAUGUAUAUCAGAUUCCUAUCGAAGCAUUCAUCGUCAGCCUCAACCAGUUUUCAUUGUCCAUUUGAUGGAUCCGGUCAUCUCUGUGUACAUAGGGCUGAUGUUAGCAAGACCCUGAAAGUGCCCAUUGAAUCUUUACUUCAAAAAAUGAAAACAUACCUCUAUAAAAUGUAUAUUGGGAGUAAGCUUUAUAUCAUAAUUUGCAUACAAUUAGGGGAAUUUUUUUUAAUACUGUUUGGAUGAUCAGGCCAUAUUACUUUGCUUUAAAUUUAACUCUAAAUUUAAGUUCUAAUAAAGAUUGCCAGAAUUUCUAGAUUAGAGAUAUGUUUUUGUUUUCCUCAAGACAUAAAACAAAUACGAACGUCCUAAACUGUUAGAUGAAUCUGAAAGACAUUAUGCUCAAAAUUCAAUUU